AUGUAUUCCUUUCAGUCGGUGUUAGUACCCACGGUGGAAACAACACGUUUGCAGUACUUUAUGGACCUUCUGGUGGCUGCUCGCCGCCCUGUUAUGCUUGUUGGUGCAGCCGGAACAGGAAAGUCGGUGGUGGUACGGAACAAGCUCAAUAACAUGGGUGAGGACUUUAUUGUAGUCAAUGUGCCCUUCAACUUCUAUACCAACAGCGAAAUGCUUCAACGCAGUCUAGAAAAGCAUCUAGAGAAGAAGGCGGGCAGAACUUUUGGACCACCAGGAACGAAACGCCUAAUCUACUUCAUCGAUGACCUCAACAUGCCUGAGGUGGACAAGUACUUCACGGUUCAACCGCACGCUCUCAUGCGGCAACACAUUGACCAUUCACAUUGGUACGAUAGGACGAAAUUGUCUCUGAAAGACAUCGUUAAUACACAGUAUCUAGCAUGCAUGAAUCCCACCGCUGGCAGUUUCACGAUUGAUCCACGUCUGCAGGUUAGUGUGAAUAUAAAUUUAACAACACCCCCACUUUUCCCCCAAUACAGACUUUCGAGUAAGCUACUCCUAUUUUGA